AAUAUAGGUCUGAGAAUACCUUUUUCUUGGAAAAAUUUGUGGCCUCCAUAGGCUUCUGAACCGCUUGCUUUGGGAGGUGCAUUAAAAACCCACUUCUGCAAAAGAGUGAACAGCAUCUUUUGCUCUUUUCAUCGUAUUUCUGAAGGAGAAGGAGAAGGAGAAGGAGAAGGAGAAGAUGACAAAAGCAAAAGAUGGGGAUGGGAUCCCUCAAUUCAACCUACCAGAGGAAAAUAUUGAAUCCAACUUCGAAAAAACUCGGGAGGAGGCGAAUGACAGUCCAAUUGAGGAAGUAAGGCUGACAGUUCCACCAACUGAUGACCCUUCAGAGCCAGCCUUGACAUUCAGAACAUGGGUUCUUGGGCUUACAUCUUGCUGUCUUUUGGCUUUUGUAAACCAAUUCUUUGGUUUUCGCCAGAAUCAGCUUUAUGUUUCCUCAGUUUCUGCACAGAUUCUUGUUCUUCCUCUGGGAAAAUUGAUGGCUGCAACUAUUCCAUCUACCUCUUUUCGAAUUCCACUCACCAAAUGGUCGUUUUCCUUGAAUCCAGGGCCGUUUACUCUCAAAGAACAUGUCCUGAUCACUAUUUUCGCCAAUUCUGGAUCGAAUAGUGUCUAUGCUUUGAAUAUAGUCACGAUUGUUAAGGCAUUUUACCACAGAAAUCUCCAUCCUCUGGCAGCCAUGUUGUUAUCACAAACCACUCAGAUGCUAGGAUAUGGAUGGGCUGGGUUGUUCAGAAGAUACCUAGUUGACUCCCCAUAUAUGUGGUGGCCUGCAAAUUUAGUUCAGGUUUCUCUAUUCAGGGCAUUGCAUGAAAAAGACAAGAGACCAAGAGGAGGCCAUACAAGACUACAAUUCUUCUUCAUGGUUUUUAUAUCAAGUUUUGCUUACUACCUCGUCCCAAGCUACCUCUUCCCCUCAAUAUCUUGCAUCUCAUUUGUUUGUUUGAUAUGGAGAAACUCCAUUACUGCCCAACAGAUUGGUUCUGGCCUUCGUGGCCUCGGCAUUGGCUCAUUCGGGAUUGAUUGGUCAACUGUUGCUGGCUUCCUGGGAAGCCCUCUGGCCACACCUGGCUUUGCAAUCGUCAAUAUCUUAAUUGGAUUUUUCAUGGUCGUCUAUGUAAUGAACCCCAUUGUCUACUGGUCAAAUCUUUAUGAAGCUAAGCGAUUUCCCAUGAUUUCUGCUCACACUUUUGACUUCACUGGUAAAACCUACAAUAUUUCUCGAAUUCUUAAUGCCAAGACAUUUGACUUAGAUCAGGCAAACUAUGAUGGCUAUAGCAAACUCUACCUCAGCGCCUUCUUUGCUUUUAAUUACGGAUUGAGUUUUGCCACAUUGACAGCAACUAUCUCACAUGUUGCUCUUUUCCAUGGAAAAACAAUCUGGCAAAUGUGGAGAAGAACAGCAAGUGCAGUUGGUGAUCAGCUGGGAGAUGUGCACACCAGACUGAUGAAGAAGAAUUACAAGGCAGUUCCUCAAUGGUGGUUUUACACCGUACUGAUGAUAAUGGUGGCUCUGGCCUUGUACGCUUGUGAAGGUUUCAACAAACAACUCCAACUUCCCUGGUGGGGAAUUUUACUAGCUUGCGGGAUUGCGUUGUUCUUCACCUUACCCAUAGGGAUCAUUCAAGCAACAACAAACACGCAACCAGGGCUUAAUGUGAUUACUGAGUUGAUUAUCGGGUACAUGUAUCCCGGGAGGCCACUAGCCAAUGUGACCUUCAAGACAUAUGGGUAUAUCAGUAUGUCACAAGCUCUUAUGUUUCUUAGUGAUUUCAAAUUAGGCCACUAUAUGAAGAUUCCCCCGAGAUCAAUGUUCCUCGUUCAGUUAGUUGGAACAGUAGUUGCUUCAAGUGUCUACUUUGGCACAGCCUGGUGGCUUCUCACAACAGUCGAACACAUCUGUGAUCCAGCCUUGCUGCCAGAAGGAAGUCCAUGGACAUGCCCUGGUGAUGACGUUUUCUACAAUGCAUCCAUCAUAUGGGGAGUUGUUGGGCCGCUCAGAAUGUUUGGAAAGUUAGGUGUUUACCCAGAGAUGAACUGGUUCUUCCUUAUUGGCUUACUUGCCCCAGUCCCUGUAUGGUGGCUUUCCCGCCGAUUCCCCAACCAAGAGUGGAUUAGACUUAUAAAUAUGCCCAUCAUAUUUGGAGGUGGUUUGGGCAUUCCACCAGCUAGAGCAGUGAACUAUCUGAUGUGGGGUGUUGUAGGGAUUUUCUUUAAUUUCUAUAUCUACAGGAAGCACAAGGGAUGGUGGGCAAGGCAUAACUAUAUAUUGUCAGCUGCUUUGGAUGCUGGGGUUGCUUUCAUGGGGGUUCUCAUAUAUUUCACCCUUCAAUCAAAGGAUAUAAUAGGUCCAAACUGGUGGGGACUCGACAGCACAGACCGUUGUCCAUUGGCCUCCUGUCCUACUGCACCCGGAAUAGUGGCCAAAGGGUGCCCUGUCCAUUGAGGUUCUCUCUGUAAUAGAAGUCGUGGGUGUCUAUAGUAUUCUGCUAUAAAUGUUGAUAGCACAUUGGUAGGAUAUAGUGAUCAUGCUGUAAUUCAUUAGUUCACUAAUCGAACUUCAAACAGGUCUAGGUAUUUUCUUUCCAUUGCGAUAUUAUCAUCCAAAUUUCCUGCUAUCUUGCUCAAGCUCGAUAGAACUUAAAUGAGGAUAAUUCAUACCAAAGAUUGUAUCUGAUGAAUCAAAAUUAUCAGUUUCUCAAAUAUACAAAUGAGCAUUUGUGUCA